CUCUGCUGUUGAUGGAAGAAGUGGUACCAAAGUGGCCAUUAAGAAGUUGUACCGCCCGUUUCAGUCCGAACUCUUUGCCAAACGAGCCUACCGAGAGCUGCGCCUCCUGAAGCACAUGAAGCACGAAAACGUAAUUGGAAUAUUGGAUGUGUUCACACCAGAUGUAACACCGGAGAAGUUUAAUGACUUCUACCUUGUCAUGCCAUUUAUGGGAACAGAUUUGAGUAAGAUAAUGAAGCAUGAGAAACUAACUGAAGACCGAAUCCAGUUCCUGGUUUAUCAGAUGUUGAAAGGCUUAAAGUAUAUUCACUCAUCAGGCAUAAUUCACAGGGAUCUAAAGCCUGGAAACUUGGCAGUAAACGAAGACUGUGAAUUGAAGAUUCUGGAUUUUGGCUUGGCGAGGCAUACAGACAGUGAGAUGACCGGUUACGUGGUUACAAGGUGGUACAGAGCCCCAGAGGUCAUACUUAACUGGAUGCAUUAUACCCAAACAGUUGACAUCUGGUCUGUGGGCUGUAUAAUGGCUGAGAUGAUAACAGGGAGGCCUCUGUUCAAAGGAAAUGAUCAUCUGGACCAGCUCACAGAAAUAAUGAAAAUAACAGGUACACCAACUCAAGAUUUUGUUCAAAAACUGCACAGUCAAGAUGCAAAAAACUAUAUCAAAAGCCUCCCAAAAGUCCAGAAAAAAGAUUUUGCAUCCAUCUUGAAGUAUGCAAAUCCUUUGGCUGUAAACCUUUUGGAGAAGAUGCUGGUGCUGGAUGCAGAGAAGCGAGUCACAGCAGCUGAGGCUUUGAUGCAUCCUUACUUUGAACCAGUUCAUGAUUCUGAGGAAGAAAUUGAAGCUGAGAAAUAUGAUGACACAUUUGAUAACAUGGAUCUUCCGCUAGAUGAGUGGAAGCGCAUUACUUAUAAAGAGAUCCUGAACUUCAAGCCAUCGGAGUCAAAGGAGACAGCGGUGUGA